CUACCAGGUCGCUUCACCUCCGUUCUUGAAAUGGAAAAUCAAUUUUCCCGGUAAAACAAAGAACCCCACACUGUCUUACCUUCUCUCCCCUUUCCUUCAUUAAUCUACUUCCACUCUAAAAUAUAUAAAAACAAAAAGAAAAGCAAAAAAAAUUUGCAUCCCUUGAUAUUUAUAUGGCUACAACACCAAACACUGAUGGACAUCCCUCCUCCAUCUCUCUCCUAGCUCAACUUCGAAAGCCUCUCUAGCUUAGCCCUUCACUACACAAGAGCAUCCCGAUCACUACCCGGUGGAGUCUCCGGCCAUCAUCGCGGCAAGAUGAGAGGAGAAUGAGAAACUAUUAUCAUCAAAGGCUGCGAUGUCCUACUCUGAUUGCUUAUCAGACCUUCUCUGCGGCGAGGACUCCUCCGAUAUAUUCUCCGGCGAGUCGCCGGAAUGCUCGUCGGACCUUGAAUCGCAUGACUUUGUAGAAGAAUCGUCCAUUGCUGGUUUCAUUGAAGAUGAAAGGAACUUCGUGCCUGGUUACGAUUAUUUUUCUCGGUUUCAAUCCCAGUCUCUCGAUGCUUCCGCUCGAGAACAAUCUGUUGCAUGGAUUCUCAAGGUGCAAGCAUGCUAUGGAUUCCAGCCAUUAACGGCGUAUCUCUCUGUCAAUUACUUGGAUCGCUUCCUGUAUUCUCGCCGAUUACCGCAAACCGACGGGUGGCCAUUGCAGCUCUUAUCUGUUGCUUGCUUAUCAUUGGCUGCUAAAAUGGAGGAACCUCUGGUUCCUUCUCUAUUGGAUCUCCAGGUUGAAGGUGCCAAAUAUAUCUUUGAACCAAGAACAAUUCGGAGGAUGGAACUUCUGGUUCUCGGCGUUUUAGAUUGGAGGCUAAGAUCUAUAACGCCAUUUAGUUUUACAGGUUUCUUUGCAUGCAAGCUCGAUCCAGCAGGAGCCUAUACUGGGUUUCUGAUUUCAAGGGCUACGGAAAUCAUUUUAUCGAAUAUCAAAGAGGCGAGCUUUCUUGAGUAUAGGCCAUCCAGCAUUGCUGCGGCAGCGAUACUUUGUGCAGCCAAUGACAUUCCAAACUUGUCUCUUGUUAAUCCUGAACAUGCUGAAUCAUGGUGUGAUGGGCUAAGCAAAGAUAAAAUAAUCAGCUGCUACCGGCUAAUGCAAGAUCUUGUGCUUGACGAUAGCCGGCGGAAAUCCACAAAAGUCUUGCUACCUCGACUUCGAGUAACAAUUCGGGCCAGAAUGAGGUCCAGUGGCAGUGACUCGUCAUCCUCUUCUUCGUCAUCAUCUUAUAAAAAGAGAAAACUAAAUAACUGCUUAUGGGUAGUAGAUGAUGACAAAGGAAAUUCCGAGUGAGGGGGGAGAGCAAUAAAACCAAGAAGAGUGGUUGUGGGGGGGAUGUUAAAAUAAAAGAAAGGUGGUCCAACUUAUAUGAAAUCCUCAAAUAUUUUCUUCGAGGGGUUGGAGAAAGAAUUGACUUGAGUGAUGUAGAUUAUAUAUUUAGUGUAUAUAGGUUUGGAUAUGGGAGAGUUUGGUAUGGAGAAUUUUUUAUUUUUUUAGUGGGCUUUGCCAUUCAUCAUUUAAAUGGCAUUGCAGAUUCCCAAGGGAAGGGAAUUCGUUACAUUAAUAUUUUUGUGUGAGAAAGUGAAUGAAGGAAGGAAAGAGAGAAAUAAAAAGCUUCUGUUUAAUAUUAUAUCGUGGAGUCAUGGAGUGUUUAAGAAGUGGGGUGCCGAAAUUCAAUGGCAGCAUUGAUUUUUGAAUGGAAGCGAAGGAGAUGGCGGGGCCCUGGGCAUUAAGCUUCGCGGAAAAGGAGGCAAAGAAAAAUCAAAAUGGUUUGCAGAAGAAGGGAUAGAAGCUGAACCUCUCAUCUUUGGCCGCAAUUAUUGCCUUGCUUCAACGAGAUGCAUGCAUUUCUUUUGAUGGCAUGGCAUGGCAUGGCAUGGAAGGAAAUAACAUGACUCCCAAAAUGAAUUCCGACACAUGUUGAUAUGUUUAUAGAUUUUCAGAGAGUGGUUUGUGUGUCCAUGCUCUAGCUAGGUGCAUGCCACACAAGUGUGUAUGUGUGCUUUUUUGGCGGGAAUUGCCUCUUCUGAUGGCCUCGAUCCACCUUGGCCUAACCAUACCAUAGACUUUGUCCACGUGUGUGGCCGUUACACGCGUGUACACUUUUUUAUUUUUAUUUUUUAUAUUUUUUUUUGUCUGAGAUGGGAAAAUUAAUACCUGUUUCAGGGCCUGAGUUUAGGCUCGACAAUACGAAGGGUCUUUGGGGCCUUUCAAGCGUGUUUGUAUCCGAUUUUGAUCGAUAUAAUAAUCUAAUAAAUUUUUUUGCUCUUUGA